AGAGUCCAAAAAAAAAAAGAGACAGAGAAAUCGAAACCAUUUCCCCUAAAAAAUCUUUUUCUCUUCGUUUAAUUCUCUCUCUCUCUCUCAGAGAGUGAGAAAUUGAAUUUUUAGGGCACAACAUGGAGAUCAUGAACUCCGAAACCGAAAAACCGAGCAGUGAUGAUAGUAGUAGUACUAGCAACGGUCAAAGUCAAAGAAGGGUAGGAAUUCUCUACGACGAGCGUAUGUGUAAGCACUCUACACCCGACGGCGAUCACCACCCCGAAAACCCUAAUCGGAUUCGCGCUAUCUGGAACAAGCUUCAAAUUGCUCGCAUUCCCCAAAGGUGUGUGGUUUUGAACGCGAAAGAAGCAGAGGACAGGUUCAUUUUGAAUGUUCACUCCAAAAAACACGUUGAUCUGAUCAAGAAUAUAAGCUCAAAACAGUUUGAUUCACGAAGAAACAAGAUCGCUGCGAAAUUCAAUUCAAUUUAUUUCAAUGAAGGUUCAUCUGAAUCCGCUUACCUCGCUGCUGGCUCUGUUGUUGAUGUCGCGGAGAGAGUUGCGAAAGGAGAGUUGAAUUCUGCUUUUGCUAUCGUUAGGCCUCCGGGACAUCAUGCUGAACACAAUGAAGCAAUGGGAUUUUGUCUGCACAACAAUGUGGCUAUCGCGACGAGUUUUCUUUUGAAUGAAAGACCGGAGUUGGGAAUCAAGAAGAUUUUGAUCGUUGAUUGGGAUGUACAUCAUGGUAAUGGUACUCAAAAGAUGUUCUGGAAGGAUUCCCGUGUUCUAUUCUUCUCCGUUCACAGGCACGAGUUUGGCACUUUCUAUCCUGCUAACGAUGAUGGUUUCUAUACUAUGAUUGGAGAAGGACCUGGUGCAGGAUAUAAUAUAAAUGUCCCUUGGGAGAACGGUCGUUGUGGAGAUGCAGACUAUCUUGCAGUUUGGGACCAUAUAUUAAUUCCUGUUGCCAAGGAAUUUGAUCCCGACAUAAUUAUAAUAUCUGCAGGAUUUGAUGCAGCUGUUGGUGAUCCUUUAGGGGGUUGUCGUGUCACGCCAUAUGGGUACUCAGUUAUGUUGAAAAAGCUGAUGAAUUUUGCACAAGGUAAGAUUGUGUUGGCAUUAGAAGGAGGAUACAAUCUUGACUCUAUAGCGAAUUCAGCACUUGCAUGCAUGCAAGUUUUAUUAGAAAACAUGCCUAUCAAUGGAUCUUCAGAGGCCUACCCUUUUGAGUCCACAUGGCGCGUAAUACAAGCGGUUCGGCAGGAACUAAAAGUCUUUUGGCCAACACUUGCAGAUGAAUUACCAACCACGUUAAUUAGUCAAACAGCUCCAGUUCCAAAUAUUGUAUUCUUGAGCUCUGAUUCUGAAGUGGAGGAUGACAAUGGAGCUCAAGCAUCAGAAGAUCUUGAGGAGGUUCUUCAGGGCAUUAUACAACCCCUGUCAAAUCUGAAAGUUGAUGAAGAUCAUCAGGAUAAAAACAAUAAUGCUUAUAGCCCUUGGAGAUCGGAGCUGUCAAAGAUUGACAUUUGGUAUGCUUCUUUUGGAUCAAAUAUGUGGAAACCAAGAUUCCUGUGCUAUGUUGAAGGUGGCCAGGUCGAAGGUAUGCAAAGGCCAUGUACUGGUUCGUUCGAUAAAACUCCACCAAAGGAGGUUUUGUGGAGGACUUACCCUCAUCGUUUAUUCUUUGGCCGUGAAUCUACAAGUUCAUGGGGUCCUGGAGGGGUUGCUUUCCUUAAUCCAGAAAGAAAAAUCCAGGAUAAAGCUUACCUGUGCCUAUAUAGAAUCACGCUAGAGCAGUUCAAUGAUAUUUUGCACCAGGAGAACAUUUCAAGUUACAGCAUGACUUCUCCUUUGUUUGAUUUGGAUUAUUUAAUCUCUGUAGCAAGCAAUGAGUCCAACUCUCUAGAGCUUCAAAUGGGAGGUUGGUAUAGUAAUGUUGUUUACUUGGGAAAGGAGGAGGACAUUCCUAUACUAACUAUGACGUGCAUGAACUCGGAUAUGGAGAGCUUCAAAUCCGGAAAGCUUCCCAUUGUGGCUCCAGGCAAAGCAUAUAUGAACACCUUAGUAAGGGGCCUGGUAGAAGGAGGCCAGCUUUCAGUGGAGGAAGCCAUGGCAUACAUACAAGAAGCUACUAAAAAACCAUUGUGAUUGCAACUUUGUCCCCUUUUGUUGUCAAUCCUCAUUAUUGCUUUGCUGUUGGAGGAAAAAAGCAAACCUUGGUCACCUGACAAAGAGAAGCUCGUGGGAGGAGAAAGGGCAUGCCUCUCUCUCUCUGUGUUUAAAAAGUAAUUUGUGCAGCUGUGUCAUUUGUGCAACUUUGGCUCUCAUGGGAAGACCUGCCCCUGGUCUCAUAUAACUUAAAAGGGAGUUCCAAAUAUUUCCUCUAGCUCUAUUUAUGUAUAAAAAAUUGGUUACCUAUUGGUUGUCACAGGCUAAGCUUGAGUGAUGCAUACUAUUUUGUGGUAUCAUGCACAGCUUAAAUUAGCUGCCAUCAGAUUGAGUAUAUUUCCUCUAGGUCUAUUUAUGUACAAAAAAUUGGUUACCUAUUGUUUAUCACAGGCUGCGCUUGAGUGAUGCA